GUAUCACAGAACAAUGCGUCGGCGCAAGCGGUCCGGUCGCCCCGUACGUUCUACGUUUUCAAAACAAACCCGACGUUCGAUUGUUUCGAUUAAAAAAAAUACACAAAACUACUAACAUCAGGCAUUAUUCACAAACAUUAGGUCAGGAACGGUGCUUGAUUCUGUUGGUUGGUUGUUAUACGACGUUAUAAUUUAUAUGGACUGAUGAUUGAAAAUGUAGCUUGUGGUUUGGUGAUCCUAUAGUUACAGUGAAUAUUUAGAGAAACAUGAUGCUGACACAAGCAUUAAUUUGCUUGGGAAUCAUGUCCAUUGGGAAGGGCAUGCAGUUUUCCAACAAUCCGACCUCUGAAAUGUCUGCAGAUGAAAAAGGACUGGCGUUCAAUAAGACAGAGCAAUCAGAUGAAAGUGGUUAUGAAGUGGAAGGUGACGUUGAAGAUAAAAAGUAUCUCGAUGAGGCAAUGAAAACAGUUCUAGAUCCAAAUACAGUAAUACUCAAAGGUGACGAGGUUGUUGAAAAUUUUAAAAGUCAAAUUGAUAACUUAGAACAUGGAAAUGCAUCAAUGGAAACUUUUAUGACAGAAAUGGAUAAAUUAAGUUUAGAGAUUUGCAAAACAUCACAGGAAUCGUUAUGGGAUUAUGUUACUGAUAUCAAUAGUGAAACUAAGAAAACUAGAAUGGUUAGAAUCGCAGCUGAAGAAGAUGAAAUAAAAAAGCAAUACUGGACAAUAUUGAAGACAAAAUAUUUAAAUUCAGCCCACACAUCAGAUGACGCCCAGCUAGCAAGAAAAGUUAGAAUUAUUCGAGAUCGUGGAACUAAUGUCCUGAUGCCCCAAAGUAAGCAACGUGAAGAAAUUGACACAAUGCAGCGAACAUGGAGCCGAGUGGCCGUCUGCGCCUACAAUAUUAGUAUUUGCAAUGCUGAUGAUUCGAUGCGUACAAUGAGCGAUAUCAUAACAAUAUUCAAAACAAGCAAUGAUACUAAAGAAUUGUCAUACUAUUGGAGAGCCUAUAGAGAUGCAACUGGAAAAAAGAUAAGACCGAUUUUUAAAGAUUAUGUAUUUAGGAUGAACAAAGUCGCAAUAUCUGAAGAUUUUAAUGACGCCGGUGACAUGUGGAGAUAUGCUUUUGAUGACUCAACUUUAAAAUUUAAACAAACCGUUGAAAGACUUUGGAACGAAAUAAAACCUAUCUAUAAUCUUUUACAUAGUUUUGUAAGAAAACGAAUGGAAAUUUAUUACGAGGAAUUAAAAGGUGACAACAACUUAAUACCUGCGCAUAUUUUAGGUAACCUUUGGGCUCAAGAAUGGCAAGCAAUUUAUCCAAAAGUAGCGCCCUAUCCGAAUAUAGAACGGCCAACAGUUGUAAGCAACGAAACUGUCAAUGCAAGGGACCUCUUUCAUGCUGUAGACGAAUUUCACCAAUCACUUGGUUUCGAAUCAGCUCAGGAUACCUUUCAGGAUAUAAAGGAGUCUAUGUCCACAGUCAAUUGUUUACCAUCUAGCCAUGACAUGUGUGAUGGUAUUCAUUAUAAAAUAAAAUGGUGUGGUGAGAAAAUUUCUGAUGUCACUAUAGGCUUAUCAAGAGCAGCGAGAUUAUUGGGACAUGUGCAAUAUUUUAAACAUUAUCGUAAUCUAGAGCCUUUGUAUAGGGAUGGGCCGAAUCCAGCCUUUCACGAUGCAGUUUCUGAUAUCGUAGCUGUGCAAAUAGCCUCGCCAAAUCACUUGAGCACCUUGAACUUCGUGAAGGUGGACACCACUGACAAUUCCACUAUAAACCACUUGCUUUGGUUGGCCUUAGAAAAAUUUCCACUCAUGGCAUAUGCUUACGUCCUUGAUAAGUGGAGAUGGGAUGUGUUUUCUAACAGUAGCAUGGAAAAUUUAAAUCAACAUUGGUGGGAUUUAAGAGUAAAAGAGACUGGCAUCUCAGCGCCAGUUCUUCGUAAUGAGAGUGACUUGGAUCCUGCUGCUAAAUAUCAUGUUGUCUCUCAUGUCCAAUAUAUAACGUAUCUGAUAUCGCACAUACUAGAGUUUCAAAUAUUAUCAUCUCUAUGUAAAAAAGCGAAUCACACAGGACCUCUGCACGAGUGUUCCAUUUAUGGAGUGAAGGAAGCGGGAAAACUCUUGAGUGACGGAAUGUCAUUGGGUGCAAGCAAGGAUUGGAGUAUCGUGUUAAAGACUAUGACAGGAGAAACAGAAUUAUCUACAAGUGGUAUUUUAGACUACUUCAUGCCUUUGAAGGAGUUCUUAAACGAGGAGAUUAAAAAAUUGGAAAGACGUAAUCAUGAGGUAGACAGUAAUGCUCCCUUUGUAGUUGGCAUUAUCGUUGUUAUUUUGAUUAUAUUUAUGUUCGUGCUGUAUUGUUUUAAAAAAAGAGAUAAAGUAAGACAAUUAUUAUCUCUAUGCGGUUUAAGUAAAAAUGGUUCUUUAGAUAUAGCUACACAAGAAAUACCGAGACGGAAACCUGACGCUGUGGUUGAAAGGGAAGAAAAAGUUUAAGGUUUUACAAACUUUUUAUUGAUGUUAACGUAAUAUACAAUUUUAUAGGCUAUAAACAUAUCAGAAAAUAUUUAUGGAAUUGAAUGAUAGAAGUAGGUAAUAUUAUUAUAAUAUUUUUUUUA